UCUCGAAGUUCUGAUCCGAAGGAAGAGAGAUUCAGGAGGGAGCCAGAGUGAGGGAUACAGAGAAAGAAGAAGGAUAAAGAUUUAAAAUUGGAAGAGGAACAAUAGGAAGGGAAGGGAGAAAACCCUAAUUAAUAGAUAAUAGAAAGAGAUUGCAUGAUCGAUGGAAAAACCCUAGAAGAAUCAUCGGAGCAGGCAGGCAAGGGGGCACAAUCGACGACGCCGUAGAUGCUUGUUGCGGUUGGAGCGUCGUGGGAUCUGAAUUGGUUCCUGCAACUGUUGCUCUCCGUCAUCGUCGUGGCCGUUGGGGUUCACUAUUUCGUCAAGGCCACCGCUUCCAAGUACUUCUUAGUCGACGCCAAUUUCGAAGGGGACCACCACGCCCUCGCCGCCGCCGACCCAAUGCCCGGCGCUCUCGCCGCCGCCGCUGAUCCUCUCUGCGCCGUCUGUGCCACGCCCGCCCCUAAGAAAUGCUCGCGCUGCAAAGCUGUCAGAUAUUGUUCACAAGCAUGUCAGCAGUCGCAUUGGAUGUCUGGGCAUAAGACAGUGUGCAAGAAUUUUCAUGGGACCAAUGCAAGAAGCUCGGCUCAGAAUGGGGUAAUUAAUCGUGGGUUUAAGACUUCUGCUGCUGGGGGUAAAGGCUCGUCGUCAAUUGCACUGAUACCUGACUGUGGAGAUGGAGCAAUUUCCAGGCCAAUCAAGCAGGCUAAAGAUGUUCUUUUUCCUUACGAUGAAUUUGUCAAGUUUUUCAACUGGGACAAGCCAGGAUUUCCUCCUUGUGGACUAUUGAAUUGUGGAAACAGUUGCUUUGCAAAUGUGGUUCUUCAGUGCCUCUCAUUCACAAAGCCACUUGUUGCCUACUUGUUGGAGAAGGGCCACCGCAGAGAAUGCAGUUGUAAUGAUUGGUGCUUUCUAUGUGAAUUUGAAAAUCAUGUUGAAAGAACAAGGCUAAGUUCACAGGCGUUUUCUCCUAUGAAUAUUCUCUCUCGUUUGCCUAAUAUUGGUGGUACACUGGGCUAUGGAAAACAAGAGGAUGCUCACGAGUUCAUGAGGUUUUCCAUUGAUACGAUGCAAUCUGUUUGCCUUGAUGAAUUUGGUGGAGAAAAAGCUGUCCCUCCUAACCUUCAGGAGACCACCCUUAUUCAACACAUUUUUGGUGGUCGUCUUCAAUCUGAGGUGAUUUGCACAAAAUGUGAUAAGAUUUCAAAUCAGUAUGAAAAUAUGAUGGACUUGACAGUUGAAAUUCAUGGAGAUGCUGCCUCCUUGGAGGAAUGUCUAGACCAGUUUACUGCCAAGGAGCGGCUUGAUGGGGAAAAUAUGUAUAAAUGUGAGGGGUGCAAGGAUUAUGUCAAAGCAUGGAAACGCCUUACGGUGAAAUGCGCUCCAAAUAUUCUUACAAUUGCCUUGAAAAGAUUUCAGGUCUUGAGUGGGAGGUUUGGAAAACUUAACAAGAGAAUAGCCUUCCCUGAAACUUUAAAUCUUAGCCCUUAUAUGAGUGAAGCUGGAGAUGGAUCUGAUAUUUAUAAGCUAUAUGGUGUUGUAGUACAUAUUGAUAUGCUAAAUGCUUCAUUUUUUGGUCAUUACAUCUGUUACAUCAAGGAUUUCCAGGGAAACUGGUAUAGGAUUGAUGACUGGAAGGUUAUGACUGUGGAGGUGGAAGAGGUACUUUCUCAGGGAGCAUACAUGCUCUUGUAUAGCAGGUGUAGUGCCCGGACAUCAAGCUUUCAAAUUCAAACUAGCGAAUCUUCAGGGAUAGCAGAAGUUCAGACAGAAGUGGAAGUGGAAAUGGAAGUGGAGCCCGGACAAACUGAACAAGAUGAAUGCCUCUCAAAUAUGAAGGCUUUGACUUGUAGUAGAGGUUCUGAGGUUUUGCCAUCUGAUGCUAGUCCAGAAUUGAAGGUUUCUUCCAGCUAUGACUGCGAGUCUUCUGCUGGAUUGAACUCACAAGCCAAAAGAGAACAGUUUGAGGAUGUGAACAUGAUGGAUGUUGAUUCAACUGGUAUUGCAAAUGAGCUUUCUUGUGGUGCUGUUGAAUCAUCUUAUGUGCCUAUUUCUCAAACAGACAGUGAUUUGGGGGAUGUGGAUAUGGGCAGAUCAUUAGAAGAGACUUCAGGCUGCAAGCAAGAGCAAGAUGAUACUGAUAUGGUUAGGUCUGGUUCUUGUUCGGGUCUACCAAAUGGCUCUUCCUUCUUUGAUAAGCACCCUUCCGUUUCACGGGAUCAUCAAAACAUGGAAGAACAUUCAGAACAUAUAGAUGUGGUUAACUGCAAGUUGAUUACAGCUAAAGAUAAUGCAUACUAUGGUAAUGGAUAUGUCAGUGCAAACGAUUCUUCAAUGCCAGUUGAAGACGCAGGCACACAAUUUUCUGGCAUCAGUUCUUUUCCCACUGAAAAUGACAAAGGAAAUGGAAUUAAGAAAGUGGAAAUAUCAGCUGACAUUUAGGUGCAGCUAUUUUUGUUAUUUCUUCAUAUCAUUUAAUUAUCCCAUCAUCGAAAUAGGUGGUGAGUUGGGAAAUUUUUGUCCGGGGUUUUCAUUAUUUGCAGGAACCUUGGAUUUUAUUUGUAACAUUUCUAGAUGGAUAUCCUAAUUUAAUUUUACUGAUAGAAUACAAGUCCUUUGCCCUUAUUCCCUCCACUCUUUGUACAUUAGAAACAUAAUUCUUCCAAGUUGCUGC